UUUUUUGUUCUCGAUCCUGUAAGAGGUUUUUGCUCGCUUGAAAUCGUCGGAUUUGUUUUUUCUUCAUCUUUUCAAAAUCUUUUGUGUAGUUGUGCAUAACUAUUUGAAUGGAAAUUUAUUUACUAUCGAUUAUUAAACUUUGCUAAAAUAAUUACAAAAAAACAAAUUCAUUAAUAAUUCUUCUAGUGUGCAAAAAGGGGUGUGUUGUGUUUUUUUAUUUCUUUUUCAAGUGACAAAAGUGUUCGGAUAAAAAGAUAUUUUUAUAUUAUACCGGAAAAAUAAUGUAAUGCCUAAAUAAACAUAUAAGUAGUUGAAAAAAGAUAACGCAAAAAAACGAAAUACAGAAAUUUCAAAAAUAAAAAAUAGGGCUAAAACAAACAAAUAAACAUAAAUAUAAUACAUACUAACAGCCAACAGCAGCAAGCACGAGUGCAACGAAGCGUUUCUUCACUUUAGUGCAGCAGCAGCAAAUACAUACAGUUUUCACUUCACCAUCAUCCAACAAAAAGAGGAAUAAAGACCAGACAGGCAACAUACCAAAUUAAUACAAAAAUAAUAAAAAAAAGAAAAGAACUCGACCAGCCAGCAAGUGAACCAAAGAACCUGAACAAUGGCGAGCGAAAUGGAUGAACUAAUUGAAAAGCUAAGAGCUACAAAUGUUAGCCCCACCAACACUUCAGACAACACAACAACAAUUCUAACCGAAAUAUCAGCCACAAAAGAUCCAAAACUAUUUGAUAAACAUGAUUUGGCUGAAUUCUUUUUGAAUUUGACACAAUCGAACAAUGUGAAUGUACGCAAAGAAGCAGCCAAGUGUAUAGCGGAAAUAACCAAAUCCGAAGUACAACGUAAGAAAUUUACAAAACUUGAAAUUAUUAAAGUCUUCAUCGAUUGUCUGCGUAAUGUGAAUAACGAAACAGAAACAAUGGAAUUGCCCAUACAAAUCUGUAGAGCUCUAGGUAAUAUUUGCUAUUUGAACGAUGAAGCACGAGAUAUAAUACUCGAUCUAAAGGGUGAUGUCGUUCUUAUCAAACUGUUGGACAUCACAGAUGUUAAGGAUAAAACGAAUGCUUUGCAGUUUAUCAAAGUACGUGGUGGCCUUUUGUCUAAUUAUUUACUUGGUGGCGAGGGUUUAGCAAAACGUGCCAUGGAAUUAGAAAUCAUGCAGAAAAUUCAAAACAUUAUUGCCAUUGGUGUAGAGAAUGUUGAAGAAAAUGAGGAUUUGUUGUUGAAUACUCUGCCCCUAAUGAGCAUACUCACGGAAAAUGUGCCCGAUUUGAAUUUUGAUGCCAGUCUAAACAUACAACUAUCACGUAUACUGGCUGCAUCAACAAAUCCCGAUUUAGCGGAAAUGUGCCUUGAACUUUUACAUUAUCAGGCAGAGAAUGAUGAUGUUAAAUUAUUGCUAGCAAAAGAUGGCCUUUGCGAAACCAUUUAUCAGUUGCUGGAAAAAUAUAAAACUUUGGCGAGUACAAGUGAAGCCAGAGCCUUAAUGAAAUUGGCCUGUGAGCUAAUUGUCUUAAUUCUCACUGGUGAUGAAUCUAUGCACUAUUUGUAUUCCACAUCAUUGCUUAAGAAUAUGGAAGAUUGGCUGGAUUCAGAUGAUGUUGAUCUCUUAACUACUGGCGUUUUGGCUUUGGGAAAUUUUGCACGCACAGAUAGUCAUUGUAUUCAUAUGGUGGAAAAUAAAACCAUGAAUAAGCUGCUGGAAGUCUUGGCGAAAAACAAUGGCGUCAAGGACGAUGUGCGUCUACAGCAUGCACUGCUGAGUACUUUACGCAAUCUUGUGAUACCGAAACCAAAUAAAGGUGCUGUCAUACAAGCCGGUCUUGUGGAGACUAUACUGCCAAUGUUGGAAAUUCAUCAACCACCUGUCGUUUUCAAGCUACUAGGUACACUCCGAAUGACAGUAGAUGGUCAGGAAAAACUUGCUUUGGAACUAUUGAAAAAUAAAAAUUUAAUUGAACAAUUGGUGCAUUGGAGCAAGUCUUCUGAUUAUGCUGGUGUGACGGGAGAGUCAUUACGCCUAAUGGCCUGGCUUAUUAAACACGCCUAUCUUAGUAAAAUAGCCUAUGCGUUGCCACGCAAAGGAGAUGCUCCUGCAGAACAGCUGGCCGAUAAAAUACCACCCAUGGAAUACGAUCGCACCAGUUUAAAUGAGUUCAUCAGCAAUGAUUCCACCAUUGAAGCUAUGGUCAAUAUGUUAACAUCUCAGCAUUUGGUGAUGCAAAACGAAGCGCUCAUUGCCUUGUGUAUACUAUGUGUUGUCUAUCUAAGUUCGUCCACGUCCCCGCCAUCAGAUGAACAUGCCCAGCUGCUGCAAGAUGCCUUCAUCAAAUAUGAAGUAGGUAAGAAAUUAGCAGAACUGAUAAAUAAAUCAUCAGACACAAUGACAAAAGAAAUUGUCGAAAAUCUCGAGAACUUUACAAAUCUGCUGCGUACCUCUGACAAACUAGUUGCACACUUGGAACAGCAUAAUAUAAGCGAACUACUCAAGUCGAUACCAAUACUAACAGAAUAUUGUACAAUAUAAAUUAUGCAAAAACCACUACAAGAUAAUCAAACAAUCGAUCGAGUGUUGCUGAAUUUUGAGUGAAAUCAAUUAAUAUUAGAGAAACAUAUAUGAGAGUUGACACUAAAAUUGCAAUUUCAUUUCUAUGAAGAUUUGUUAAUUUUUAUACUUAAAUUAUUAGAUAUUUUUUCUUUUUGUUGAGACAGCAGUGGUGGAUUAGAAAGUGAUUAGAAUGGAUGCAAAUUUAAUAUACACUAAUUUUUACGUUUAUGAGAUUUAAUCGCUGAUUAUUAUUUUCCUUACUCUUCUACUUUUUAUACAAAUACUUUUUUACAAAAUUUACUUACUAUAUUUUGAUCUUCCAAAAUAUAUAUUUUUUUAAAUG